AUGUACUAAGUAGCCAUAGUUAAACCAACCAUUCACGCGGAGAUGGAAGGUAUAGAUGUGGAAUUUACAGAAGUAUCCCUAACGGUCAACGUUUGGGACCCUCUGGUGACAAAGACGCUAAGGCCAGAAAAAAAAAUUGUUUUAAACAAGGUCAGUGGCUCAUUCCGUAGGAAUCAAGUAGGGGCUAUAAUUGGAUGUUCUGGAUCUGGAAAAUCAACUCUUAUGAAUAUUUUAUCUGGUUACAUGUCAAGUGGUUACCAAGGAGUUGUAACUUUAAAUGGAGUACAGCGAGAUUUGUCGUCAUUUAGGAAUGUUUCGAGCUACAUCAUGCAAGAGGAUAGUUUGCAAUUAUAUUUGACUGUUCAAGAAUCCAUGGAAAUUGCCAUGAAGCUUAAACAUUCAAUUUCAAAAUUAGAUGUUCAAAAAAGAAUCUCAAUAGACAAUUUACUUCAUAAUUUACUUUUACAUGAUAAUCGACACUCAUUAGUUUAUAAUUUAUCUGGUGGCGAGCGUAGGAGACUGACCAUUGCUCUAGAAUUAGUUCGCAGCCCAAAAGUGAUGUUUUUUGAUGAGCCUACAACAGGUCUGGAUAUAGUGUCUGCAAAUAAUGUUGUUAAGAUUAUGAGAAAAUUGGCUGACUCUGGUAAAACCAUAAUAUGCACUAUACAUCAAGCUUCAGCUUCUCAUUUGGAAAAUUUUGAUACGGUUUAUGUACUUACACCAUCAGGGCAAUGCAUGUAUAAUGGAAAAUCAUCACAAAUAAUUGAUUAUUUUUCGCAACAUGGAUUUCAAUGUCCUCCAUAUCACAACCCUGCUGAUUAUGUGAUUGAAUUGAGUUUGGGUGAAUAUGGAAUACCCAUUAAUACGAUGAUUGAACUAGCUGGAGAACAAAACAAGAUUGAUGGACACAUAAUUAACCAAAAUGUUGACUGUGUACCUGUAAUUUAUAGUCGAGAAUAUUCUUCAAAUUAUUUUCCUGAGCUUUGUAUACUUAUGCAUAGAACUUUAUUAACUACUUUCAGAGAUCAUUUUCUAGUGAAAGUAAGACUUUUUGUUCACUUCUUGCUGGGGAGCAUGUUUGGAAUUGUGUAUAUUGGACUUGGGAAGAGUGCUAUGCACGUUCGUGACAAUGCUGUAUUACUAUUUUUCUGUGUAAUGUUUAUGACUUACAUAGCAGCGUUUACCAUGUCUAUAAAAUUUCCAUUAGAGUUAUCAGUGAUGCGAAAAGAAUAUUUUAACAGAUGGUAUUCAUUAAGUUCUUAUUACAUUUCUGUCACACUUGUGGAUUUACCUGUACAAAUAUUUUGUACUUUUUUGUUUUGUUCAUUAAUAUACUUGUUAUCUGGUCAACCUCUUAUUCUUUUUAGGAUUUCAAUGUUUUUGUUGAUAUUUAUUGUAACAGGACUUAUGUCACAAGCAAUUGGAAUGCUAGUCAGUACUCUUUGUAAAGGAUUUGUUAUUAAUACUGUUAUCGUUGCAUUGAUAUUGAUGUUUUGGACCACUUAUGCAGGUGGUAUGAUAAGAAUAUCAGAUACUCCUAAAAUAUAUCGAUGGUUGUAUGAUAUAUCAUUUAUGAAACAUUCUGUGCAAGGUGUUCUACAUGCAGUUUAUGGUUACGAUCGCUCUGUAUUGCCUUGUCCAGUUAUGUUUUGUCCAUUUGGUUCACCAAAAGUAAUGCUUAAAACAAUUGAUAUGGGUGAGAAUUUGUACUGGAUAAAUGUUAGCUUUAUCACUAGUAUUUAUGUUGUAUUGAAAGUAUGUGCUUUUAUUGCCUUAAAGUAUAAGUUAUCUUCUAUUCAAAAUAUUGAAAUGGAAUUGAAUUCAAUGUUGUUAAAUGAAGGACUAGAUUUAAAAUUUGAAGAUUUAACAUACAAAGUAAACAAUUGGACGGAUAAAUUUAAAAUAGAAAAGAAAACUAUUUUGAAAGGUGUGAGUGGUGCAUUUUAUCAGGGUCAACUAUGUGCAAUUAUUGGAUGUUCGGGAUCUGGAAAAUCAUCAUUAUUAAAUGCACUAUCUGGUUAUAAGACCAGUGGAUAUAGUGGAGCGAUAUUUAUCAAUAAUAAACCUCAAGAACUGAAAUCAUUUAAAAAACAAUCAUGUUACAUUAUGCAAGAAGACCAACUUCAUGUGCAAUUAACUGUCAGAGAAGCUAUGGAAUUUGCAUCAAAGUUGAAAUGUUUAACUUUAUCAUUAAAUGCAAACAAAUUGAAAAUGAUAGAUUUAAUUUUAGAAAAUUUGAAUCUACUUAAAAUUCAAGAUACGGCUACAGUGAAUUUAUCUGGUGGUGAACGUAGAAAAUUAUCUAUUGCAUUAGAACUGGUCCAUAAUCCAAGCAUCAUGUUUUUUGAUGAACCAACUAGCGGAUUAGAUAGUUUAUCAGCAAAUCAAGUAUUAGGCACAUUAAGGGAGUUGGCCAAUACUGGCCGUAAUAUAAUUUCUACAAUACAUCAAGUUUCUGCUUCACAAUUAAAGAUCUUUGACAUUCUUUAUGUACUUACUCCAUCUGGCCAAUGUAUUUAUCAUGGUUUUACAUCAAAACUUUUGGAUUAUCUAGCUGCACAAGGUUUACGAUGUCCAUUAUAUCACAAUACAGCAGACUAUAUUAUUGAAAUAAGUCUUGGAGAGUAUGGAGAUCAUGCUGAAAAAUUGGUAAAAUAUAUUAAAAAUGGAAAGUCUUCAGAAUGGUUAAAGAAUACUGGUCAAAAAGAUUUAGUUAAAGCAGAUCAGUCGACAGGUGUUAACAUCAAUGAUGAAUGUCAAGAUAGACAACUUAUAAAAUAUAUUUACAACCAUUUGAUUCAACUUGUUAUUUUAUCACAUAGGUGUACAGUUAAGACAUUGAGAGAAAAAUUCAUCACUACAAGAUUGCUGGUUCAUAUUAUUGUUAGCGCCGUGUACGGUUGGGUAUAUUUUGGUGUUGGUAUUAAUGCAUCGUUUAUACAUGACAAUCUAAUGUUGUUGUUUUUCAGUUUACUGUUUAUUAUGUAUACUGCUAGUUCUUCAAUGAUAAUAAACUUUCCCUUAGAAAUUCAAAUACUUUCGAAAGAGCAUUUCAACCAGUGGUAUUCCUUGUUGUCAUAUUAUAUAAGUUUUACAAUAGUAGAUCUACCAAUUCAGGUUCUAUGUACAUUCUUGUACUGUGUGGUCUUAUAUUAUUUUACUGGACAGCCUCUUGAAUGGCCAAGGUUUGGGUUGUAUACACUCAUGAUGUUAAUGGUGGGACUAUUAUCACAGACUAUAGGCAUGUUAAUGGGAACAUUGUUUAAUGAUUUAAGAUUUAGUACAAUUCUAACCAGCUUCCUACUCAUGCCGUGGAUGAUGUUUGGUGGAAUUUUCAUUAAAAUCUCUGACACGCCAGAGAUUUUUCGAUGGUUAUUUGACAUUUCCUUUAUGAAACAUGCCAUGGAAGGAAUAGUGCAUUGUGUUUACGGUUUGGAUCGACCCAGGUUAUAUUGCCCCAAAAUUUACUGUUACAGCACUUCGCCCUCAAAUAUUUUAAAAGAUUUAGACAUGCCAGUUAACAAGUAUUGGUUUAAUUUUAUUGCUGUUACCACCAUUUAUUUGUUAUUGAAAGUGUUAACAUAUUUAGUGUUGAAAAAAAAGUUAGAAAUUCACUGAUGGCCCUUUAUGCUCAGUUUUCUGUUUAAUACAUCAUUACACUAUGUUAAUGCAUCAGUAUACUUUAAUUUGAACCAUGUGCAUUUUAUAUUUUUACCAAUAAUUGGUAUACUAUUUAUUUUAUAUUGUUACCUAGAUUAACAUUGCCAAAGACAGAACUUAAAAGUGAUACUUAAUCAUUAUUAUUAUGUUUAAUUAAAAAUAAAGUCAAUUGUUUAAUAUUUAAGUUUUUAAAUCAUUAACUGAUGAAAUAAUUAAUAAGACUGCUGAUUGCUGUAUAACUUUUAUUACUGUUUAAUUUGUUUUUAUUGAUUAAUUACCUUUGUUAUUUACAUACUUUGUUUGAUUAACCUUUUUAAAAAAUAUUUUAAAUAUUUUAAAAUUUGUAAAUUAUUAUUUAUGAAAUAGAAUAUCUAAUAUAGACUUACUAAUUUACUCUAUACAACAUGUUUACUUUGUGUAUUUCGUUAAGGACAUACAUUGUAUACAAUUUUAUGUAUUAUUUCA